CAGAUAUACAAGUGGAGAACCCAAUAUAUCUUUGUCUUUGUUUUCUUCUCAUUCAUAGUUAACUUGCAGAUUUCUUAACCUUCUCCUAUCUUACUCUUUCUCCAUCUCUCUCUAUCUCUCUCUCACUCUCAGCUAUAUACAAAAACUUACUUUUUAAUCUCUCUUACAAUAAGUCAAGUACCCAGAAGAAGACAUGACAGGUGAAGUUCUUAAGACUGUUUCUAGCGGAUCUGCAGCAUUUGCUCCGAGCUCAUCAACUCUGGAUCAUGAUGAAUCUCUCAUCAAUCCUCCUCUUGUUAAGAAGAAGAGAAAUCUCCCUGGAAACCCUGAUCCGGAAGCUGAAGUCAUAGCUUUAUCUCCCAAGACCUUGAUGGCUACGAAUAGGUUCCUAUGCGAGGUCUGUGGUAAAGGUUUCCAAAGAGACCAGAACUUACAGCUUCAUCGUCGAGGACACAAUCUUCCAUGGAAGCUAAAGCAGAGGACAAGCAAAGAAGUAAGGAAACGUGUCUAUGUUUGCCCGGAGAAGACUUGUGUCCACCAUGACCCCGCUAGAGCUCUGGGCGAUCUCACCGGUAUCAAAAAACAUUUCUGUAGGAAACACGGCGAAAAGAAGUGGACAUGCGAGAAAUGUGCCAAGAGAUACGCUGUUCAUUCUGAUUAUAAAGCUCAUUCGAAAACUUGUGGUACUAGAGAGUACCGUUGCGACUGUGGCAUCAUUUUCUCCAGGCGAGACAGCUUCAUCACCCAUAGAGCAUUUUGCGAUGCCUUAGCUGAAGAAACCGCCAAAAUAAACGCAGCAUCUCAUCUUAACGGUUUAUCCGCGGCUGGAACCGUAGGAAUGAAUCUGAACUAUCAAUAUCUCAUGGGAACACUCAACCCACCGCUUCAACCAUUUGAACCGCAACCACCAACAAAUCAAAACCACCAUCAACAUUUUCUACCGCCACCUCCGUCAUCCUCUUCCUCCCUUUCCCUAUGGAUGGGCCAAGACAUCGCCCCAACGUCUCAAACGCAACCGCAAGACUACGAGUGGGUUUUCGCAAACGCUAAGGCUGCGUCCGGGUGCAUUAAUAAUAAUAAUCACAAUGACCUCAUUACACAAACCGCAAACGCCAGCUCGACCACUACUGCUACUCUCUCUGUCCCUUCUUUGUUCAGCAGUGACCAAACACAAAGCCCAAACGCAAACGUGAACAUGUCCGCCACUGCGUUGCUACAAAAAGCGGCUGAGAUUGGCGCCAAUUCGACGACGGCAACGACCACUAACCCGUCGGCGUUUCUCAAGAGUUUCCCACAAAAAUCCUCUGACCAAACCACAACUAGUUACGGCGGUGAAAAGUUCUUUGCUUUGUUCGGAACUAACAACAACAUUGGAGUAGUGAGUAAUAGUCAUGAUCAGGAGACUGAGAACGUUAGAAACGACGUUACGGUUGCGUCUGCGAUGGAUGAACUACAGAAUUACCCCUGGAAACGUAGAAAAGUUGAUGGUGGAGGAGAAGGUGGUGGAGGAGGGCAAACUCGAGAUUUCCUUGGGGUCGGUGUACAAACGUUGUGCCAUCCAUCGUCUAUCAAUGGAUGGAUUUGAAACGUUUAACUAAAAGUUUCGGGGGUUAUGGCUAAAUAACGAAAAGGACAAGGAAUCUUGUGUAAUUUCCACCAUUUUCUUUGAACACUACUAAUAGUAGUGGACGUUGUUUUCUUAUUCAAGGUUUAAGUUUAUAAAAAUGUGAUUUUCAAAAAACAAAAAGUUUAUGAAAAUGUGAUCACAUAUGUAAGCUUCCAAUAAAUGGUCUUUUGGAUGUAGGACACUAGACAUUCAGAAUUUUUUGGACUAUAUCUCGAUUGGUAUUAAAUUA